AUGGAACUGCAACGGUAUCGGAAACCGAAUAUCAGAACUGACAGCAUUUGUAAAAAUUCACAACGUAAAUAUAAUCCUGCUUGGAGAAACCCACCUCGACCCCAAAACUCAGCUCAAAAUCCCAAAUUUUCAUACUUACCAUACAGAUCGCCAACCACGGCCAAGAACACCUCCAAACGGGGAACCGCAGUGCUUAUCCGUCGUGGCAUUGUACAUCAACCCGUAAAUAUUCAAACCGAACUCGAAUCGACCUCGGUUAAUAUAAAACUCGAAAACAACAUCGCCCAGGUAACUGCAGUAUACAAAAGCCCAGGCGUUACAGUCAAACCAACAGAUUUAGACGCGCUGACCAACCACGAUGGUCCUCUCAUAAUUGGUGGCGACCUAAAUGCUAAGCACACAGACUGGCAAUGCCCACAACGUAACAAAUCAGGCAAGACCCUUGCACAACAUGCCGAGCGGGUAAACCGAUACUCGGUCGUUGCCUCUGACUCGCCAACUCACUAUCCCUACAUCGCGGCCCAUCGACCAGACAUCCUCGAUAUUUUCCUGCUAGACUUGCCAAACACGCACUACCUCCUAACCAAUCACUGCGAAUUAUCGUCAGACCAUAACCCUCAGAUGCUAAACCUAUCAUCCCGACCUUCAAUGUGCGGGCCACCAUCAGCAAGGAAACGUAUAAAUUGGAGAAAGUUCCAAACCGAACUAACUCUCCAAAUAAAAAACAUUCGCAUCACCACCAUCGAUGACAUAAACAAAAACAUCGACCAACUCACCAAAGUCAUCCAAUCAGAGAUCAAAAACUGUUCCUACGAAUCGCGAACACUACACCAACCAAAAUCACCACCUGAUGACAUACUGCUUGAGAUUGAUACCAAGCGUUUACUAUGGAAACACUGGCAACGUACGCGCGACCCUCGGGUGAAAACGCUGUACAACGCACAGGUUUCCCAUGUCAAAGAUAUCCUCACUCGCCACAGACAAUCUGAAUGGAAUUCUUUUACUGCCACUCUCAAUUUUAAAAACAAAUCUAUAUACAAAUUGAACCGACGACUCCUCCACAAACAACCAAAAUGUCAACCUCUCAAAGCACCUGAUGGGACAAAAAUCUACGACACUAACUUAAAGGCAGAACUUUUCGCAGACACAAUGUCAGCCCAGUUCCAAAACAAUCCGGGCCCACCAUGA